AUGUGGAUUGCUACAAAAUCACCUAAACUGGGAGUCGCUGUCUACAACUGGAAGGGUGAUGUUCGUUCAGGAUUACCCUUGGAAAUUGGUGAAACUGUACAAAUUUUGGAAGAAAAUGGAGGCUGGUGCCGAGGGUUCAGCACAACGAACAGAUCGGCGUGGGGAAUAUUCCCCGCGUGCGUCGUCUCGAUUCGUCCGUGCACGGUCAAAGGAUCCGGGGCCACGGCCAUUGCCGAGUUGAAAGACGACCCCCUGGUGCGGGAGAUCGCCUGCGUUCUUAGGGACUGGGCGCGGUUGUGGAAGAGGCUUUAUGUGGAGCGCGAAACGUAUAGAUUCAGUGCGGUGGCAAAAGUGAUGAGGGAGCUGCUGAGCGGCCGCCGAGCUCUCCUCGCCGGCACCCUCACGCAGGAUCAAACCCGGGCCCUCAGGUUGAAACUGGUGGCGAAACUCGAUUGGGGCAAUAGGUCAACUCUACCGGGGAAGUACCACAACCUGACGGUG